CUCCCCGGCACCAGACUCCAACUCACUAUCCAUAAAUGUUGUGGAUAUACAGAGGAAUUUGAGUAAGAAUGUAGUUGUGGUGAAUCGUGGCGUCGACCAACGGUGGAACCUUCUUCAGGAAACUCUCUACGAUCUGACGUACAUCUUCCACCUCCAUAUGCACUCAGAGACCUACACUUCUGAGCUGGUCGGUGAUGCUUACAUCGCCCUGGAUGACAUACAGGUGACCCCUGGUGCGUGUAGCGGGUCUAGCAGCACACCAAACCCCUCUUCUACAACAAAGCCUCCAAAGCUGAUCUCCUGUAACUUCGAGAGCGGCUCACUGUGUGGUUGGAGUCAGGACAUGACUGAUGGUGGAGACUGGGAUCUGGUCACUGGUAACAUGCUGAACGGGGAUACUUACGCCGACCUGGGCCCUGCUGUAGACCACACCUCACACUUGUCUGGGGGUCACUUUAUCUUUGUGAGCCAGAAAAUGGGAAAAGGAGUUCGUAUCAGGUUACAGUCAGAAGACAUGCCGCCCUCCGCCACCCACUGCUUCACCUUCUACUACUACAUGCAUGGCUCUCACCCUAACAACCUUAAUUUGUAUCUAGUACAAGACGAAUUUGAGCCUGAUCGAGCGGUAGACUGGCAUGCGAAAGGUGAACUGGGGGAGUUAUGGCAUCAAAUGAGGUUUUUCGUUCCAAACAGUACAGUAAACCAGUUCAUCAUCUUCGAAGCAUCACUGAACCUUGGCUCGGUUGAUGAUGGACACACGGCUAUUGAUGACAUCCGCCUCCUCGAUGGGUCCUGUUCAUCCCGAGGCUUUGGUGCUAAUUGUGACUUUGAAGCUUCCGACAAAUGUGAGUACACCAUCCAAAACUUCGACGAGUCUUGGGGUUGGUCCUGGGGAGCUGAUGCUGCCAAAGGCCCAGCUACAGAUCACACGUAUGGCGAGGCUGAUGGUCACUACAUGUACUUAAACUACGAAGACGACCAAGUAACCCAAAGUGUGCUCACCACUCCAUACAUGAGGGGUGAUGACGACAGCAUGUGCGUGAAGUGGUACUAUUACAUAAGUGGUCCUGACGAUAUGGUAGCUGGGUUGAACGUGUCUGUGAGUGAUGUAGGUACGACGUGGUUUGUCAAUGAACCUAUGGGAGACAGUUGGAACCUUGGCAACUUUACCGUAACAGCUUCUGCUGACUUUAAAGUGGCGUUUGAAGGAUCUGUUUACAACCCUAAAAGUAAUGUCAUCAUCGCAAUUGACGAUGUAGUGGUAGACGCCAAAGCGUGUCCUGCUGCUGCCACCUGCACUUUCGAGGGCGGACUGUGUGACUGGGCAAGCGACACUAACGGUGAUAUAACCUGGGUACUACAGUCUGGCUCCACACCCACUGCCAACACGGGGCCACAGUAUGACCAUACCUUGAACUCAAUAUAUGGUCACUACAUGUUGAUGAGUGCGAGCAUUGGAUGGCAGGGGUCACAGGCGUUUCUAAGAUCUCCACCCAUAACAGGAGGAGAUUACUGCUUUGAGUUUUACUACUACAUGAGUGGACAAGAUAUUGGAGCUCUCCGUGUGAUCAUUGAGACAGAUGGGGGGAACAAGACAGUGUUUGAUAGGGAGGGCAACCAGGCAGAGGAGUGGCGCCUGGGAAGGAUCGGUCUACCUCAACUCCCAGACUUUGUUAUCAAUAUCGUGGGUGUCGUUGGCUCCGGGACAGAGGGAGAUCUUGCUAUUGAUGACACCUGGACAUCGUAUGGUGUGUGUCCCGACAUUCCUGAUAAGUAUUAUUGUAAAGACGGCAGAAUGAUACCAAGUACACAAGUGUGUGACUUCCAUCCUGACUGUUCUGACAAAGAUGAUGAAGAGAACUGCGGCGAGUGUGACUUUGAAAACGGGAUGUGUGGGUGGACGGCCUUCAACAGCAAGGACUACAUGUGGAAAAUUGGACAUAACUUGACUCGGAAUUAUGAUGGGAAGUUCAUCUACGACCACACACUAGGGACACCACUGGGUCAUUUCCUCUAUGUUCUGGAACUAGCCAGUGGAGACAGUGGGCCAGCCGCUCUCGUCACCAGACCCCACCAUAACUCCCAGCUUUACUGCGCCUUCAUCUUCUGGUACCGUGAGAACGCCAACAUGGGGCCGGAGAAGGCCAUACAGCUGAGUGUUAAUGUGGAGAGAAGUGAGGAGGUCACACCAGUGUCCUAUUUUGUCAACCGAGCUGUUGAUACCUGGACGAUGGGUCAAGUGAUGCUCCAGGAUUGGCCAGGAGAGUUUGUAGUGCGUGUGGAGGCCAUGUCCACGGCACCUCCCACAGACCUCACGUUAGAUGACUUCUCUUUCGACAACUGUUAUAUACCUCAUGACUCCGGGAACUGUCUCCCAAACCAGCUCACGUGUAACACAGGAAUGUGUGUUGAUGACGACUUGAUCUGUGAUAUGACAAACGACUGUGGGGACAUGAGUGAUGAAAGAGACUGUUUCUUCUCCGGUGUCGCAGUGUGCACCUUUGAGGGUAACCAGAAGUGCGACUGGACACAAGAAGCUGAACAAGAUGACAAAGACUGGCAACUUGGAUCGGGUCCAACACCCGCCGGCCGCUACAGCCACCUGACCGGCCCUCCCGUAGACCACACCACUCGACUUGUUAGCGGCCACUACCUAUAUAUCUCCGAGUAUACUACGAAGCCUGAUGCUAGGGAGUCGAGUCCGAGACGUGCCUGGCUCCUCAGCCCAGUGCUUCAGGCUAAAGAAGAAAAAAAUUGUGUUUUAAGGUUCCAUUACUAUAUGUACGGCAUGAAUAUUCAACAGCUGAACGUGUACAUUAGGUGGGACCUGUACAGCGCGAAAACUUUGGUCUUUAGCAGGACUGGUGAACAAGGACAGUUCUGGGAUCGUGGAACUGUCCCAUCUCAGUCGACACAAUCAUUCCAGUUUGUCAUUGAAGGAGUUAUUAGAUAUUACGAUUAUAUAGACAUUGCAAUCGAUGACCUGUCCUUCUCAAGUGGAUGUGUGUCAGUGAACGGCACACUUCCUCUCGGCACUACACCUGCCCCUCCCUUUAAUCCUUGCGGUGAUGAUCAGUUUUAUUGUGGGAUUGCAUAUGAAUGUAUCUCGAAGGCUGAUGUAUGUAACUGGGUGACAGAGUGUAUGAAUGGUGCUGAUGAAGCUAACUGUCAAGAUUGUUCAUUCGAGAACGGCAUGUGCAUGUGGAAUGAUGUCAGCGAAGGAGUGUUCUCGUGGCGCCGUUUGCGGGCUGAUGAUCUCUCCCCGUAUGACCACCCAGCACUGGACCACACCUUCGGCACUAGCGGCGGUCAUUAUGCUUUUCUCACAGAGGGAGCUGGUGUUGAGGGUAAAACAGCAGUGUUACAUAGUUCAAAACUUUCCAAUAAUGGUGGUCUAUAUUGUGAGUUCCAUGUGUGGCUGUAUCGGAAAGAGAGCAGUAACGUACACGCUCUUUUAUAUUUUAAAGAUGAAGAUCAUGGUGAUACUGUCUUACUCUCUAAUUUUUCCACACAAUUUCCACACCCAGAAUGGUGGAAUGAAAUGAUCAUCCCGGUACACAAACCACUGGCCAAUUAUCUGUUUUCUUUAGAAGCUACACCAGUAUUUGAUGACAAUGUUGAAUGGGCGAAGUCUCAUACUAUGUUUGCUGUUGAUGAUAUUGAAUUAUUAAAUUGCAAUUUUGAUGUUGGUGGAUUGGAUUGUAACUUUGAUGAUCCUAACUACGAUGGUGGAUACUGUAUGUGGAGGCAAUCAAUUAAUGACCAACUCGAUUGGAAGAAGAGUGAUAUGUAUCCAGAAGAUCUUCACGACCAUACCACAGGAAAAACAUUCUAUGUUUAUGCAGAUUUCAGUGAUGAAAUGGCUGAAACAGGCGAUAAGGCCAUACUAGAGAGCACUGUUCAGUCCAAAACAACGACCUUCGACAACGUCUUUUCACUCUGGUAUUAUUUCUUUGGGGAAAACGUUGGAGUCUUCAGACUUAUUCAGAAAAAGAUGGCUGCCGGGGUGAAUAACACGUAUCUUGAGCUGAAAGAUUCUCAGGAUGAUCGGUGGAUGUUGUUCGAGGCAAGACUUGAUGGUGAUGACGACUUCAUGAUGAUGCUAGAGGCUGAGUGGAGGGAGAUUGGACCAGGAUUACUCGCUGUGGAUGACAUCAAGAUGACCCAGAAACUUCAGUCAUCAAAAUGUGACUUUGAAGUUGAUUUCUGUCAGUGGUCUCAAGGGACAACAGAAACUACAAAAUGGACACGAGCCAACGGUAAAGACAAGAUCCCUCUCACUCCCCCGGUGGAUCACACAGCAAACAGUGAGAUGGGUUACUACGCCUACCUCGCGCCAACAGGCUCCUCUGAUGACUUUGCACUCCUUACAUCUCCUGUUUAUGAGAGUAUUGGCACUCAGUGUUUCCGGAUUUGGUACCACAUGCCAGAACAAGGUCUUGGCCAACUAAUAAUCUUCGUGAAGGAAGAUAAUAGUUCAGACUUUACCCCCAUUGAGACAUGGACAAACAGUACGUAUGAGAUGUGGUCCCUCGGGAUGGUAACUCUUCCAAAUACUCGCAAGCUUUCUGUAGGUAUUAUGGGGGUGACAGGGCUUAGCGAUGCUGGUCUUAUUGCAAUUGAUGACUUAGAAUUCAUUCCUGAUUCCUGCCCAAGAGCCCACGAAUGUGACUUCGAGUGUGACCUCUGUGACUGGUUCAACAUAAAUGGCGGGGACGACACGUUUGACUGGGAGAGAGCUUCAGGAGUGGACGGUGGAGGUAUCAUAGUAGAUCACACUAUAAACUUUGAGACAGGUCACUAUAUGGUGGCUCAUCUGAAGGACAAAACAAAGCGUGAUGCUGCUAAACUGUAUUCGAGUCGUGUACCUCACAACCUCAAUUGUAUCACAUUUUGGUAUUCAAUGCAAAAUAUAGUCAAUUCCACGUUAUCUGUUGUCUUAAGAGUCAAGGGCAUUGACUCUCCGCUCAUAAGUCUCCACAACUCGACUUUGGAUUUUAUUUGGGAAGAAGUAAAAUUAACCCCUAUAAUAACGUCUAACACCUUUCAAAUAAUAUUCGACAUUUUUGUUGAUGAAAACAUAACAGCAUCAGACAUAGACCCUGUGGCCUUAGAUGACAUUGCUUUCACAAGUGACUGUGAAAUUUCCACAUUGCCUCCGUUUGUGACCACCCCUCUGCCCACCCAUACACCUUCCUUUUAUGACUGUAACUUUGAAGAAGAUUCAAAUGAACUGUGUGGAUGGACUCAAGAUACUAUGGAUAGCCUCGACUGGCAGCGUCAUCAGGGACCGACGCCAACAGAGGACACAGGACCAAACACAGACCACACGCUGAAGACAGAUAAGGGACAUUACAUCUACGUUGGCACUUCAUACGGAAAAGAUAAUGUUGCCAGAUUAGUUAGCAAUCCUGUGGACAUUGGACGCAGUGGAGCAUGUUUCUCUUUCUGGUAUCACAUGCACGGACCUAACAUUGGUAAUUUGGAAGUACUGCUACAGUCGGAAGGCUCUAACAGUACGUCGGUCUGGAAACGUUCACGUGAGCAAGGAAUUGACUGGUUACCGGCCAAAGUUUUCCUUGAUUAUGUAGAUGCCCGGUUUGACAUAAUACUAAAAGCGUCUCCGUGGAUGAAAGGGAAGGGAGAUAUUGCUGUAGAUGAUAUUACAGUUGAUUUUAUGAGCUGCUUUACUGGCCAACUCUGUGACUUUGAAAAAGGAACAUGUAACUUUAGACAGUCGGUUGAAGAUCCUCUUGACUGGGAGAGGGUGUCUGCUACACCAUCAGAAGGGCGCAUCAGGAGCCCAUCAGAAGAUCACUCCCGACAGACGUCACUUGGUCAUUACUUCAGGCUGACGGGAGUGGGAUCUGCUCUUAUGUACUCGGAUACAAUUCAUCCCCAGUUUAAAUGUGCUCAGUUUUGGAUUUUUUCGGAUAGCUUUUAUAAUAAUGAAGAAGCAGUACUUGAAGUGUACAAGCACAUAGACGAGGCAACAGAUGAUGAACUCUUGGUUAAAAUUACUGGCAUCUUCAGUAGGGAGUGGAAUUUGUUCAGACUGCGCACUGACAGUACAUCUUAUUAUUCACUUGGUUUUAAAGGUCAGUCGUUCAAUGAUACAAUUAUUGGCAUUGAUGAUGUCCAGCCGCUAGUGAGCUGUGAGGACAUGUUGGAGUGUAACUUUGAGACAGACUUGUGUAUGUGGAGGAAUGCCGAGGAUGGACUUAACACUGACUGGUCUCUGAUGACAGCUGACCAAUUGUCUAAUCCGUAUGGUCCAAAAGUAGACGUCACAUCGCUUUCUCAAUAUGGAGGAUUUAUCUACUUUGAUACAUCUGGUGAGGCCUUUGAUAGUUAUGCGUCUCUGAAAACAGAUAUGUUAGAGCCAGGUGUGUGGUGCGUGAGCUUCUGGUAUCAUCUUCAAGGCUUAGGCCAUUCCAGUCUAUCCUUGGGGAUGGAUAAUGAUGAAUAUAACGCGAGAGCGGUGCUGUGGGAACAUAACACUAUUGUUCACGCUGACUGGGAGUUCGUUCAAGUGACAGCUAAUAUAACUCUCUACGCCACUGUCUUAGACUUUAUUGCGGUGUCUGAUCAUGGACAACAAGGUAUUAUUGCCUUAGAUAAAGUGGUAAUAUCUGCUAACAAUUGUACCAAUGGAACAAUCCCAGACUGUACCAUUAUAUGUGAUGCAGACAAGUGUAUAAAACCAGAUCAAAUGUGCAAUUUUGUUCAAGAUUGUAGCCAAGGACAAGAUGAGAAUUUCUGUGGGUAUAACUGCACCUUUGAAGCUGGUGUGGGAGAACACUGUACCUGGAGGAACGUGGAGGUGGGGGGAGAGUUGUCUUGGGCAUAUCUUCAGGGCCAGGACACCAAUAACACAUAUGGUCCUCCUGUAGACCACACACUACAGACUGGUGCUGGACACUAUGUGGCAGUCGCCCCAAGGAUUCUUAAUAACAGAGACGUAAACAAUCCCAUCUUUAUGAGCCCAGGCCUCUACAACUCAGCUGCCGAGUGUCGCAUGUUGUUCUGGUACGUGAUGUAUGAGAUACUUGGUGACAAACCUACUGAGGAUGUGGGAACCCUUAAAGUUUCUUACAAUGUGAGUGACAUAACCACUACCUUACUAGAGAUAUAUUCUAACCACAGGGAGGAGUGGAUGUAUGGUAUGGCGUAUAUAGGUAGGAUACGUAGUGAGUUUACAGUCCAGUUUGAAGGCGAGAAAAACUUCGAUGUGGACGGCUACAUGGCGAUUGAUGACCUCAGUUUCGAGAAAUGUUUCCUUCCGUCACCACAACAUGAUAUAUGUCGAGAUUUCUUUUGUACAAAUCUUGCUUGUGUCUCAAUGUUCGAGGAGUGUGACUUUGUUGACGACUGCGGAGAUUACUCGGAUGAGGACGACACUCUAGCAGGUUGUGAUAAAUAUGUUGGCCGUUGUAACUUUGAGGAUAGUUCAAGUUGUGAUUGGGUAAUAGAUAAAGAUAGCAGUUGGCAGAUCGGGUCACCAAGCACCCAAGAUAUCAUCCCGUUACGUGACCACACCCGGAACACUGCUGACGGCUCCUUCAUGUACAUUGAGAGUAACGAUAAACAGAGCGCCGCUACUCAAGGCAUAGUAACCAGUCCUGUGAUUUUUAGUCCCUCAGUACUGUGUCUUUUAAGGUUUUAUUAUUAUAGUUACGGACCUGAGGUGAACCAGUUGGUGGUGUCAGUUAGGGACUCCUCUAAUGGCUUGCAGAAAGAUAUAAAGGUGGUAUCUGGCUCCAUCGGACAAUACUGGGAUCGUAUAGAAAUUAUGCCGCCAAGUGAAGAUAUUUCUAAGCUGUUGGAGUUUGUUCUAACUGGCUCUACCUUAAAUUACACAGGUGGACUGCCUUCAGUAAUUGCAAUUGAUGAUAUUUCCUUCACUAAGGAUUGUACACCCUCUAAUGACACAUUACCCACUGUAACAAUCCCCAGUACUACCACCACUGAAAAUGAUUGUCACAAUCAGUAUCCGUGUUUAAAUGGCAAGUGCAUCCCAAACACUGAGGUUUGUGAUUUUAAGGAUGACUGCGGUGAUAACAGCGACGAAAUUAUCUGUGCUGAGUGUAGCUUUGACGUUAACCAGUGUGGCUGGGCAGACCAGAGUUAUGGAUCAAGUCGCUGGAUGCGGGCAAGUGGCUCCCCGUAUGGCCGUGAUAGUUAUGUGAUGAAGGUAUUUGCCCUGGGUGCGGGCACUGACACUAAAGGAGACCUUGUGUCUUAUAAACUGGGAGCUUCUGCUACAUCAUGUACAAUGAGUUUUUAUUUCAUGAAAGGUGGGAAAGAUUCGACUCUUGAGCUUAAUCUUCUUACAAAUAACAUGGAACUUACAUUGUGGCUGGUCUAUAAUGACUUCGGUGAGGUGUGGCAGAACCAGACAGUGGGAAUUCUAGCACGGGAUUUUGGCUGGAAGUUAAGGUUCAGAGUUCAGAAUUUUGACGAUGAUGGACAUGUUAUAAUUGAUGAGGUUCAUUUCCACAAUUGUGCUCUUCCUGUGCCACAUGUGUGUCCGGAUGACCAGUUCACUUGCGGUAAUGGUGUUUGUGUUAACGAUAGUCAGGUAUGUGACUUCAGUAAUGACUGUGGCGACAAUACAGAUGAAUAUCCAGACACCUGUGAACAGUUUCCUGAACGAUGUAACUUUGAGGCCGACUUUUGUCACUGGCAGCAACACACCGACGAUGAUGAACUGGACUGGAUGCGUAAGAAUGGUGAGAUGCUUGAUGAGGAUGUAGGUCCAGAUUAUGACCAUACUUACGGCAACGAGACGGGCUUCUACCUGUACCUGCGUAGUAUCAAAGGUUCACAAGGCCAGAAUGCCAAAAUAUCCGGACCACCUUUCCUCCCAUCAACAGGCGACUGUCACUUCAGGUUUUGGUUCAUGAUGAGGAAUCACCUGAACUCCUCACUGAGAGUUUCUGUCGUGGAAACAAAUCCAAAAGUAAGAAGGACUGAUAUAAUCUUCCAGACUACCGGCACAGACGAUUAUCUUUGGGUUCGAGAAGAUUUGCCUAUUACAUAUUCAAGAUAUUUCCAAAUAUUGAUUGAAGGUUGGGCUGGCGCGGUAGAUGACGGAGACAUUGCUAUUGAUGACAUAUCCUAUUCAACAAAAUGCAGGACCACUAUGUGUUCCGACUAUGAGUUCUUUUGUCCCCUGGAAGGUUGUAUCUCAAAUACAAAGGUGUGCGACUUCCGCAAUGACUGUAAUGACUAUAGUGAUGAGGAUAACUGUCCCGCCGUCUGCCAUUUUGAAAAUGACACGUGUGGCUGGCAAGAUGUUGACGAGACUAAUGCAGUAAAGUGGAUUCGAGCCCAGGCUAAUGAUACCAACUCUGGCACGGAUGUAACUGGACCAUUUACCGAUCAAACUGGUAACGAUAAGGGACACUUCCUCCUGCUACACCAAGACUACCCUGACAUACCUCUGCUACAGGAAGCACAGGCCUUUACUCACUGGUACCAAAACUCCAAACCAGAUUGUUCCUACUCAUUCUGGUACUACAGGGAUGAAGACCUCGGAGGUGACGUGUUGCUGCGCCUUAAUUCAACCAGCGAUAGGUACACCACCAUCAAGUAUUUCAGCAGGAAGGCCGCGACGUCACAUAUUUGGACAUUUCAAGAUAUAAACAUCGGCAGACACAUAACAGCUUUCCAGUUGUCGCUGUACUUACUGGAGAAGGAAGGUGAAACUGGAGUGUUUGCCAUCGAUGAGACCAAGUUUGAAGACUGCGGCUACCCACCACCUGUAGAAGGAAACUGUGCGCCCUCCUUCUACCACUGUGCCUUAUCACAGAUUUGUAUACCCAAAGAAAAUAUGUGUGACCUGGCUGAUGACUGUGGUUACGGUGAGGACGAGACCCCCAGAGAGUGUUCCGAGUACCACCGUAGCACCUUCGAGGAUGGGAUGCUUGGCUGGUUCGUUCAAGGCCAGAAUGGUGUUGAUGAUGACACUGAUUGGAUUCUGGCAUCGGGAAGAGAAGUUUCUUAUGACAAAGGCCCCAACUACGACCAUACCGAGUGGUCUCCUGAGGGCAUCUAUCUGUACAUGGAUGUCCCCGACCAACAGGCCCAGACUGCCCAGCUCCUCAGUCUAAAGUUAUAUAGUGGCUCCAACUGUACCUUUCUCUUCUACCACUACUUCUACGGCCCUGGGUUUGGAAAUCUGACCGUCUCAGUUCGGCAAGAAUCGGGGUCAACAAAGACGGUGUUCAGUAUGGAAUCACCUGCCGACGACUCUCUCAGUUUGUGGGACAAGGUGCAACUAACCUAUCUAGGGCCGCUUGGUGAGGGAAGUUUCCAGAUCAUUAUCGAGGUCAGGUCCGCUGUCAACCAUCAAGGAACCAUCGCUCUUGACGACUUCGUGUUUGAUCCUAAAUGCUGGUUGGCUGGCGUGACUACCACCUCCACACCACACUCAACAGUCCACCCUGAAAACUGCACCAAUGAUGAGUUCAAGUGUAGUGACGGCCCCUGUAUACCAAUCAGAAAACACUGUAACUUUGUGUUUGACUGUGCGAAUGACGAAGAUGGUUGUGUGUCAACAAUAUGCCCGUUUCUUAAUGGUGAUCAGUGUGGCUGGGAGAUGAAGGCCACCAAUCACACCAAGUUGUCAGGGAUAGGAAGUCCAGAUGAUGACCCCGAGGAUGAUGUGGAGUCUGAGGGCAAGAGUGGUGUCCUGUUCACGUGGGAGCUGUCGACAGGUAAUGAUCAAGUGGCUCCUCCCCUGCAGCAGUAUAAGCCAGGUGUCGACCACACCUUUCAUGACGUCAGGAGUUACUACGCUUAUGUGUGGUCUGUGGAAGAUGACUAUGAUGACGUUACCGACCUCGCCACCGAAUAUUUCAUCGGUGAGACCGCCAAGACCUGUCGCCUGGGUAUCUGGUACUGGUGGUCAGGUCCCCAGUCAGGGUCACUUCACGUGCUGGUCACACCCUUUACCGGGGACAGUGUGGAGGCGUGGUUGUUGGAUGGUGACAAUGGCAACCAGUGGCAGAUGGUGCAGGUUGGCUUAGGUGAGCUGAACGUGCAGAAGGUGAGGAUCCAGGCACACCGAGGCAUCAGCUACGAGGGUGGUGGUGCGGUAGAUGACAUCGCCUUUGAGGAGUGUGUCCCUCCCAGUCCUCCCCCAGAUGGAAUGACCUGCAAGGAUAUGAACUAUUACCCGUGCAGCGAUGGCACCUGCGUCGUGUUGGGUCUCGUGUGUGACUACUCGGAUGACUGCCUCGAUAACUCGGACGAGGCCCCUGAGGUGUGUGGCUCCUUCCUCUACCGCUGUGACUUUGAGUUUGGGAUAACGAGUGACUGGACGGAAGAUAUCGAGGACAACGCUGACUGGUUGGUGAUGCGGGCGUCUUCCGAUAAUUCUGGCACUUUACCCGUCCAUGACCACACACUGGGCACUACUAAGGGUCACUAUGUGGUGCUGAACGUGAUGGAUCAGAGCAAGACCUCCCGUGUGGCCCGUCUCCACUCCCCCGUCAUCGUCAGCACUGUCUACGAAUGCCAGAUAAGGUUUUGGUACCAGGCCACCGGAGACAACCCGGGCCACAUCAGGGUCCUAAAACGUAUCUCCUAUUACGAGAAUGGCACCAAUGUUCUCUCCACUAUCUCCAAUAUGGCCAAGAAUGUCUGGCUCAAGUUCAGUCUGACUUACGGCGGGGAUCCUUAUUCUGGGGAUUUCCAGGUGGUGCUGGAGGGCGCCUCUCCCGCGGACCGGAAUGGCUUCUUGAUUCUGGAUGACUUGUCCAUGUCGCCAGAGUGUGAACGUUCUUCUAAUCAACACCUUCCUGGAGAAGAUGAUCUUACCACCCCGAAGCCUUUCUGCCCGCUUGGGAAACUGGACUGCGCAAACGGGAAAUGUUACAGUCCGAUUGAAACUUGUAACUUCGUGGACGACUGCGGCGACGGCACCGAUGAACAGGAGUGUAGUAAAAGUUGUGAUUUCGAGACGGACCUGUGUGGGUGGUUUGAACAAAGUGCCGACUCGAGUCACUGGACCAGGACAGGUUUCCCAGCUGAUCCACCAGGUCCAGCGGCUGACUACACUGGAGUGACCACUACACAUGAUCUCAGCUCCUCCAAGAAUCAGAGCCUCUCAGGGCAGGUGGCAAUUUUAGAGUCGCAUGUAUUUUCAAUGGUAGGACACAACUGCAUCGUGUCGUUCUACCAUUACCUGGGUACAGAUGGUGAUCAGCCGUCUACUCUCUCUCUCUACAGGAAAACUACGAGGACUGCAUUUGAUUCUGUGGAGGGUAUCUACGCUGAGUUACUCUGGGAACAGUCGGAAAACUCCAAAGUGUGGGAUAAGGAAUAUGUUAUGGUCAGCGAUGUAAGAGACUUUUCAUUAUUUUUCAAGGCUACUCACGGCGACCAAAAGACCUAUAUUGCAAUUGAUGACUUAGCAUUCAAGAACUGUGAGCCGUCUGAUGAAUGUACCAGCACGACGGACUUCACGUGUGCUGACGCCUCCUGUAUCCCCCGCCAGUACCGCUGUGAUGCCAAGUAUGACUGUCCAGACAAGAGUGAUGAAUUCCAGUGUGACAAUGUCCAGGGUGACUGUAACUUUGACCACGAGAACUGGCUGACGGCCUGUGGGUGGCAGCGCUGUGAUGACGAUGACAAGGACUGGUCCCGAGGCAGACGUUCCUUUAACUCUCACUACGGUCCCUCACAUGACCACACACUCGGCUCUUCUGGUUACUACCUGUAUGUGGCCAGUGACUCAGAUGAUCCUGGUAAAGUAGCAGCCAUUAAGACAGGGACACAGUAUCCAGCGUCCACUGACAUCUGUUACAUCCGCUUCUGGUAUUACCUACACAACGACAACAGGACCGCCAACCCCGGCUCUCUCAGGCUUUAUCUUGAAGAUAGUACUGGCAAGCGGUGGCCUCUGGUGGUCCGAAUUGGUAACUACGAGGCGCUGUGGCAAGAAGAGGUAAAGCUCGUGUCCUCUAGUAAACCAUUCCAGUUUGUGUUCGAGGGUGAGACUGGCGAUCCGCGCAACACCUACGUCGCUCUAGAUGACGUCUCCUUCACACCGGAGUGUCCAAGUGGUGUAGGACCUCCACCCAUCAACAACACUUGUGGUCCUGGUAUGAAGCAGUGUAACACGGAGGAGUGUAUCCCAGCCUCCUUCUUCUGUGACUGUUAUGCUGAUUGUGUUGACGGGUCAGACGAACAGGGUUGCUCAAUAACAUGUUCAUCCAUGGCGACACGUCCCCUGGUGACCACAACACCAACCACCACCACCACCAAGGGCCCUCACGCCUGCCUCCCCACCCAGUUCCCUUGUGGUGACGGCUCCUACACCUGCAUACCCGGUCUGCUCUUAUGCGAUGGUAUUACAGACUGUCCCAACGCUGCUGAUGAACAAGGAUGCCCUGCCAGUACUCCAUGUGAGCCAGGUUAUGUCUACUGUGCGGACAGGUAUAUGCAGAAUCAUCCGUGUCUAAGGGUGGAAACCGUGUGUAAUGGCUACCCCGACUGCAACUCGUACCUAGCGGACGAGUCUUUGUGUGGAACGUGUCCGUCUUAUUACUGUCAACACGGAAAGUGCAGCGUGUCAGGGAAACAAGCACCUACCUGCAGUUGCAACACCUACUUUAACGGCACGCGGUGUUCCAUCAACACAGGAACUGACACGGGACUGAGUAGUGGUGCCAUCGCCGGGAUCGUCAUAGGGAGUUUGAUCGCCCUGGCUCUUGCUGGCGUCGUGAUAUUCGUCAUCGUUGGGAAGAAAUCGCCGCCAGCGAGUGGUGUCAGAUAUGUCGCCUCACCGAAGAAAACUGACGAGACCGAUGCCAGUUUCAUGUUUGCUGAACCAAGCACCAGUCAGACCCAUCCUGGUGAGAGCUACCUACUGGAGGAUCUCGAUUCUCCAAACUAUCCGACACAGACAAAAAGUGAAACCGAUGCAUAAUAUAUCUAUCGCUGAGGUUUAUCCAGACCGUCUAAUUUGUCGACUGGUUUUACACACACAUUGCUUGUCAGUUGAGUUUGGCGAGUGUAAUAUAGUGCGAAUUAAGACUGAUGGCAAAGUGACUAAUUAAUACCAAAGGAUAUUAAAGAGGACAAAUUUUGGUAUAUAUUUAAGGGUCAACUCAAAGGUUCAAACAUUACUAUAGUUUGGGGAGCCCAUAAACACUAUACAGUAGUUAACUUUAUUUAUUCACUUUCACAUAACUUAAAAAAAACACCUUUACUCCUUAAUGGAUUAUCUGGGAAAUAUAAAAACAAACAUAACCGUGUAUAUACAGUCAUCACUAUAAUAUAGUUGCAUCACUGAAUAUAUUAGAAAUUAAAGAUAAGUAUAUAGAAUCGUGAAAGCAAUCGUUCAGUUUCAUUCUUCACUGAAAAUUGUAUUAAACAUCUAAAUUGUAUUAAAGUUGGUAUAGUAUUUUGUGUUAUUUGUUCAGUACUGUUCAAUGUAUUGUGUAGUGUAGGGUUUUCUUCUGUAUCAUAAGUACAUAACGGAUAAAAUCACCUUUUCUCUACAGUUCUAAGCUAUGUAGUAUAUGUGUAUUCUUGGUGUGUUGCUGAAUAAUUAUGUAGUUAUUAUAAGACUUUUUUAAUAAAGCAAAAACCUUUA